AUGCCCACUCCUACUCAACAUUGGGAACCUAUUGGGCUAUUUUUGAAGGCGGUGUCCAGUUGCUUUAUAAGCGCGUCAACGUGGUUGAAGGUCAGGUGUUCGGUGGCUGAUGCGUCCUUUCGGUUUCCCGGAGAUAUAGCGGAAGAGAUCAAAGUGCCUUGGGUGGCCGUGAAUAUCCCACUUAAUGCCCUCCUCGGCUGUUUCUCCUAUCUGCUCAAUGCUCCGGAGUUGGCGACGGCGCGGUUGUGGUUUCUGUGUUACUGGUAG